AUGUCGCUCUCUCACCUGUACGGGCGCGGCGGCGAGGCGGGCGCGGAGGAGGAGGACGAGGGCGUGGAGAUGGAGAGGUUCGAGAUCAGCGAGUGGGAUCUGCAGAACGAGUUCAACCCCAACCGGCACCGGCACCGGCAGACCAAGGAGGAGGCCAUCUACGGCCUGUGGGCCGAGCGCGACUCGGACGAGGAGAGGCCCAGCUUCGGCGGGAAGAGGUCCCGGGACUACUCCGCCCCGGUGAGCUUCAUCAGCGCCGGGCUGAAGAAGGGGGCGGCGGCGGCGGCGUUGGAGGAGGAGGAAGGCCCCGGCGAGGACUCGGAGGAGGAUGAGGAGGAUGAGGACGGGGAGAGCGGGGCGCGGGCGGAGGAGCCCCCCAAGGAGGCGGCGGUGCCGAAGAAGCUGAAGACGGGCGGCAACUUCAAGCCCAGCCAGAAGGGCUUCGUGGGCGGCAGCAAGUCCUUCGUGGACUUUGGCAGCUGGGAGAGGCACACCAAGGGCAUCGGGCAGAAGCUCCUGCAGAAGAUGGGCUACGUGCCUGGCCGAGGCCUGGGGAAGAACGCCCAAGGUAUCAUCAACCCCAUUGAGGCCAAGCAGAGAAAAGGCAAGGCAGCGAUUGGGGCAUACGGCUCGGAGCGAACCACACAGUCCUUGCAAGAUUUCCCCAUUGUUGACUCUGAUGAAGAGGAGGAGGAGGAAUUUCAAAAGGAACUCAGCCAGUGGCGGAAGGACCCUAGCGGGGGCAAGAAAAAGCCCAAGUAUACCUACAAGACGGUGGAAGAGCUGAAAGCCAAGGGCAGGGCGGGCAAGCAGCUGUCUGCCCCUCAGAAGGAGCUGACACAGGUCAAGGUGAUUGACAUGACGGGCCGGGAGCAGAAGGUUUACUACAGCUACAGUCAGAUCAGCCAGAAGCACAACAUCCCAGAGGACGGUCCCCAGCAGCAGCUGCCUGCCUUGGGCAAGGAGACCAAGACGCAGAGCUUCUCCCUGCCGGAGCUGGAGCACAACCUGCAGCUGCUGAUUGACCUGACAGAGCAGGAGAUCAUCCAGAAUGACCGGCAGCUGCAGUACGAGCGAGACAUGGUGGUUAACCUGAGCCACGAGAUCGAGAAGAUGGAGACGGUGCUCUUGCGGGAGGAGACCGACAUCCGCAACCUCGGCGAGGUGCUGGAGCUGGUGGAAGAGUGCGAAAGGCGGAUGCAGCCCAACUGCGAAGACCCCCUGACUCUGCCUGAGUGCGUCAAGAUAUUUGAGACCCUCCAGGAUAAGUACUAUGAAGAGUACCAGAUGUCAGACCGCGUGGACCUGGCCGUGGCCAUCGUCUUCCCUCUGGUCAAGGACUACUUCAGGAACUGGGAUCCCCUCAAGGACUGCACAGCCGGCACGGAGAUCCUGGCCAAAUGGAAAGCCUUGCUGGAGAACGAUCGGUUGCUCUCCCACAGCGCACAGGACCUCGGCUCAGAUGCCUUUCACAGGUUGAUGUGGGAAACGUGGAUGCCGUACGUGCGAAACAUUGUGGCCCAGUGGCAGCCCCGCAACUGCAUCCCGAUUGUGGACUUCCUCGACAGCUGGAGGCACAUCAUUCCGAUAUGGAUCCUGGAUAACAUUCUUGACCAGCUGAUCUUCCCCAAACUGCAGAAGGAGGUGCUCUGUUCUUGGCUCAGCAACAACCCCAAUUAUGAGGAGAUCACCAAGUGGUACCUGGGCUGGAAGUCCAUGUUUUCCGACCAGGUGCUGGCCCACCCCUCCAUCAAGGAGAAAUUCAAUGAAGCCCUGGACAUCAUGAACAGAGCCGUUUCCUCCAGUGUCGGGGGCUACAUGCAGCCCGGUGCACGGGAGAACAUCGCUUACCUCACGCAUACAGAACGCCGGAAGGACUUCCAGUACGAAGCCAUGCAGGAGCGCCGAGAAGCCGAGAACAUGGCACAGCGCGGGAUCGGCAUGGCCGCCAGCUCUGUGCCCAUGAACUUCAAGGACCUGAUCCAGACCAAAGCAGAGGAGCACAACAUUGUCUUCAUGCCUGUCAUCGGGAAGCGGCACGAGGGAAAGCAGCUCUACACCUUUGGGCGCAUCGUCAUCUAUAUUGACCGGGGGGUGGUCUUUGUGCAGGGUGAGAAGACCUGGGUGCCCACCUCUCUGCAGAGCCUCAUCGACAUGGCCAAGUGAGCCGGGGGGGGGGGGGACG